UGUGCCGAUGUAAAGUGGUUCGGUCAGUCGAUGUAAAGUGUGGCAAGAGAUGAAGAUAUUCCGGGGAGCCGUAGAUUUGCGACUUCGGUGCAGGUUUGCUGAGUAACUGCAGCAGACUUUGGGCAUAUUUUGCACGUGACGCAUGCAGCCCACCGGGAUACCCGUGCGCUCGAAAGCACCAGGUGUUGAGGUCGGCAGCAGCGCCCAUUAUGGAAAAGGUCUUCAUAUGCCAAACGGAGCAGGCGAAAUUGUAGUGAAAAAUUCCGUACAACGUCGUCGAUUGGUGUUUCUCGCCGGGAUGUCGCAGGUGGAUGCGAAUGUGUAAUAUUCUAGUGAUCUUUAGCCUACUGCCUGGCCCCGGCUUACGCAACGGUUGUUUAGUGUGUACUCGACAAUAAAAAAUUACAAUAACGACGACGAUCAGAAGUCGUUCGAGAGACGGCUGUGUGUGGAAGAAAAAAUAUCACGCGAAUCAUGGUAAUCGGCCGGGAGAUGAUGGAUCGUUUUAUGUGUUUGUGAUUUGUGUAGCCUGUGGUCUGGCCCAUCACCGGUUUUCGGAUGUAAAAUUCCGAACCAGUCGACUGGCAUUAUCCUAUGAAACAUUUUGACGAGCAACAACGUGUUCAAAGGAACGCUUAGAGUGAUAUUUCCGGUACGAUCCUGACGGAAAGAUCCCGGUGGCAACUGCUGGGGGGAACAUAAAGACAUUGGAUUGUAGGGGGAGAGAAAAAAUUGUCAGUGAAACGUGUCGAAGGCCACCGCUUUGCGCGAGUGGCGAGCCGAAGUAACGAUGAGGCCGGGAAGCCUGAAAGACCCCGAGAUAGCGGAACUGUUCCACAAACAUGACCCGGAGAAGAUAUUCGAGGAUCUGCGCGAGAUCGGGCAUGGCUCGUUCGGCGCCGUCUACUACGCGAAAUGCAACCUCACGCACGAGAUCGUCGCGAUCAAGAAGAUGUCGUACAUGGGCAAGCAGAGCAUGGAAAAGUGGCAGGAUAUCCUGAAGGAGAUCCGGUUCCUGCGGCAGCUGAAUCACCCGAACACGAUCGAGUACAAGGGCUGCUACCUACACGAGAACACGGCCUGGCUCGUGAUGGAGUACUGCGUCGGUUCGGCCUCGGACAUCAUCGAGGUGCACAAGCGGCCCCUGAAGGAGGACGAAAUUUCGGCCAUCUGUGACGGUGUGCUGCGUGGGUUAAGUUACCUCCACGGUUUAGGACGAAUCCAUCGCGACAUCAAAGCCGGGAACAUUCUGCUCACCGAGCUGGGCAUUGUGAAGCUGGCGGAUUUCGGCAGUGCCGCCAUCAAGUGUCCGGCCAAUAGCUUUGUCGGCACGCCGUACUGGAUGGCGCCGGAGGUGAUCCUUGCGAUGGACGAGGGCCAGUACGAUGGCAAGGUGGACGUGUGGUCGCUCGGCAUAACGUGCAUCGAGCUGGCGGAGCGGAAGCCACCGUACUUCAACAUGAACGCCAUGUCGGCACUGUACCACAUCGCCCAGAACGAUGCACCCUCGCUGCAGGCCCAGGAAUGGUCGGAUAUGUUCCGAAAUUUCGUCGACUUCUGUCUGAAGAAGUCGCCGAUCGAUAGGCCCACGUCGACGCAGCUCCUCAAGCACACGUUCGUCACGCGGAUACGCUCCCCGGCUGUGCUGAUAGAUCUAAUAGCGAGAACGAAGGCAGCCGUACGAGAGCUCGACAAUCUGAACUAUAGGAAGAUGAAGAAAAUUCUAAUGGUGGACUGUGAAACGGAGAGCAACAUUGGAGACGCGGAGGACACACCGGACGAGCAGAUCGGAGGCGAUAGUAGCAAAAGCAACAGCAUUACCUCCGAGCACUCGCUACCCUCCGUCGACCAACAGCAACAGCAUGGUGUGGCAGGUGGUGGUGGGGUGGGUCUGAUGCGAAACUCUUCCCGGUCCCGAGCCUCCAACGCCAUCUCCUCCAUACACUCGGCGGGUGCGAACGCGAGAGAAAGUAUGCUUUCGAACGUACUGCUGGCUGGUGCUGGAGGUGGAAGCGGUGGUGGAGGUAGCGGUAGUCUGAUGAUGAAUGCUGGAGGGAUGGGCCCGAGCGGAGGAGGAGUGCAAAGCCAGCAGCAGGGUGUCAGCGGUACCGGAAGCGGUAGUGGUGCUGCUGGAUCGGCAAAUAUGGGUGCUAACAUGGGCUACCAUCAUCAUAAUUCCUCUAGUCCUGUGUCGCAUCACCAUCAUCAACACAAUCACAACCACGUGUCGCAGGUGGCGGCCAUCGCGGUCGCCGAACAUGGUGCCAACAACUUUGCAACGAUUCGUACGACCAGCAUCGUGACGAAGCAGCAGAAGGAACACAUGCAGGAGGAAAUGCACGAGCAAAUGUCCGGCUACAAACGUAUGCGCCGGGAGCAUCAGGCCGCGCUGGUGAAGCUGGAGGAAAAGUGCAAGGUCGAGAUGGAGCAGCACAAGUCCGCCCUGGACAAGGAGUACGACCUGUUGCUGCAUAAUUUUACACGAGAGUUGGACAAGCAAUCGGCAAAGCAUCAGCAAGAGAUUGUGCGAAGGGUUAAGCAGAACGACGGGGCUGAGAAAAAGCUGCACAAGGAAAUAUCGACGCGGCAGGAGGGUGAUCGGAAGGCUUUCGAAAUCCAUCGAAAGAAGGAGUACAAGGCGAACAAGGAGCGCUGGAAGCGUGAGCUGUCGAUGGACGAUUCUACUCCGAAGCGGCAACGGGAUGCAACGCUGCAGACGCAAAAGGACAACCUCAAGCUGGCGGAGGCUCAGGAAGAACAGCGAUUGUUGCGGGUACAGAAGAACUACAUCGAGCUGGAAAUGCGCAAGUUCCGCAGGAAAAAGAUGGUGCUGUUGCAUGACCUCGAGGAUCAGCUAUUGAGAGACGAGCUCAGCAAGAAGCAACAGCAACUGGAACAGGCGCAUGCCAUGCUGAUAAAACACCACGAAAAAACCCAAGAUCUCGAGUAUCGCCAGCAGAAGAGUGUGCAUGCACUGCGGGAGGAGCAGAUAUCAAAGCAGCACGAAAGUGAAUUGCGCAACCAAAAGGAGUAUAUGGACAGGGCCGAACGAGAGUUGUUGCGAAGACAUGCACUCGAAUUAAAACAGCAACCAAAGAGCCUGAAGCAAAAAGAACUCCAGAUAAGAAAACAGUUCCGCGAAACGUGUAAGACACAGACUAUCCAGUAUAAGGCACUGAAGCGACAGGUUCUACAGACGACACCUAAGGAAGAACAAAAGGCUGUGAUAAAGCAACUAAAAGAAGAGCAACAUCGUAAGUUAACACUACUCGGUGAUCAGUAUGAACAAAGUAUUGCUGAUAUGCUGCAAAAGCAGAGCCUUCGUUUGGACGAAAGCCAGGAGGUGGAGUGUCACCAGCUGAAGGACCGAUUACAGUACGAGCUGGACAUACUGACCGCUUAUCAGAGCAAGAAUCGUAUGCAAGCCCAAGGGCAGCGUGAUCGCGAGCGCAAGGAAUUGGAGGACCGUGUCAGCGUCCGGCGAGCACUGCUCGAGAGCAAGAUGGAAACGGAGCUGCAGCAGUUCAAUCAGGAGCGUGCCGAGAGGAUUCGUCAGUUGAAGGAAAAACACGACAAGCAGCUCGAGGCAUUCGAUGAAGAAUCAGCUCGCAUGGGAUUCAGUGCCCUAGCCUUAGCCGAAGCAUCGAAGGAAACGUAUCCGGACGAAGAAGGGAGCCUGUCCGGGUCGAUGCUGAGCCUAGCGCACAGCAAUAGCUCCACCAGUUUUCCGGCCGGAUCUCUAUAGCAUAAGUCGUCCAGGUGGAUGACACUUUCGAGUCAGCAUUCGAUGUAAGCAGGCUGCAUUGCAAACAACAAAAACGAGCGAAAAGAAACCCGAGCAAAAGAAGCCAUCUUUCGCCUCAGCUCUGUGCGGGAAAAGAUGAACAAGCUGGAAGAACUCUGGUUGCUGUUGGUGGUGAAACGGGAGCGGUGUUGGGAGCUGCAAGCUGCAAAGUUUGAAGAGAAAGGUUGGAUAUUGUACGACGGUACGACAAUGUGGUGUGGCCUCUUGUGUUGAGAUCAACACGAAGAUGAGCGGAGCGCACUUUUGGAAAGAUCAAUUCUCUGGCAUCGAUAAAGGAAUAUUUCGCGAUGGAUAGAACAAUAGGGAAAUGAACAGAAGCUCAGGAUAGACUGAUGAAAACAAAAACAAAAGAGUAACGAUCAAUUUCGAAUGAAGUAUCACUUCCUGGUUUAGGUAGGGCCUUAGGUUACGAACUGACUGCGGGCAAAUGUUGUACGCUUUAACGAUCGCAUCGAUUAUCAAUGCAUUCACGGAAGCAAGCAAACAAAAACUAAUGGAACGGCGAAAUUGUGUAGGCGUCUUGUUUUGUGAGAAAUGUACUCGUAUAUUGUUUUAUGUAUUUUCUGUUCUGUGUUACCAUACCGCUCUAAAGGCACGACAUAUUCGGUUUCAGCUUUAAUAAUUGUAUAUUAAGACGACAGAUAAACUACUGAAUGCUUUUAGUUCUGA